UGUUGUUCACAUAACAGUUGCUGGAAGAAUAAUGCACGUUUACGCAUGAAGGGUCAAUGCUAAUAACACAAGAUACAAGAACGUCUCAUUUGGUUGGUUCUCCCAUCCGACUGGUUUUCUCAGAUUUUGCGUUGGAUAGUAUUUCACACAGUUUUCUCCCCCAGAGCCUCGCAAUAAAUAAGCGUUUAUUGAAGUGAGACGUCAAGCAUAUACGGCGAGGAGCGGGAUCUUGGUUAUCAAGGAUGGGUUUGAAAUUCACAUUUGUCAUCCUGAUUGCGUCGUCACUGACACUGUACUUCAAACAACGAAUAGAUCAGCAGUUCAAGGAAACGACUUCAGCUACACAAACCCCACAACUGUAUCCUUCGGUAUAUUGGUCAAUGAGGCUACCACUACUGUCUCUAUAACUAAUGACGUUAUUUAUGAAGACUCGGAAGAGUUCUACAUAAACAUCACUGGUGGAGCCGCCCCCAAGGCACUUUGUUACACCAACCAGUUCGCCGUCAUCACUAUAACGGACGACGAUCAAGCUAAAAUUGGUUUCCAUGGCGAUGCAGUGAGACACGUUAAAGAGGGUGUAGGAAGUGUUAACGUCACGGUUGAGAACACGGGAUCCACCGCACAGUCCCACACCAUGGGUGUUCAAGCGGUCAGCGGAACAGCUUUAUCCGGUGUGGAUUUUGAACCCUUACAAACCACCAUCACCAUCCCCCCCUCAGUCUCCACUUAUAACGUCACAGUCUACAUAACAGAUGACUUUGUCGUUGAGCCUAACAAGACGUUCUACCUAACCUUGAACAUCACUGACCCGGCGGUUUCCAAGGGAACUACUAACAUCACCUUUCACAUACUUAAUGACGACACCAGAGCGGUGAUGGGUUUCCAAGGCGACGUUGUUAGGUUCUUGAACGAGAGCGUUGGGAGUAUAAACGUGACGAUCGAAAACACUGGUUCCACGAAGCUACCAAUCAAUGUGAGUGUUCAAGCAGUUAGCGGAACAGCUGUAUCCGGGGUGGACUUUGAACCCUUACAAACCACCAUCAACAUCCCCCCCUCAGUCUCCACUUAUAACGUCACAGUCUACAUAACAGAUGACUUUGUCGUUGAGCCUAACAAGACGUUCUACCUAACCUUGAACAUCACUGACCCGGCGGUUUCCAAGGGAACUACUAACAUCACCUUUCACAUACUUAAUGACGACACCAGAGCGGUGAUAGGUUUCCAAGGCGACGUUGUUAGAUUCUUGAACGAGAGCGUUGGGAGUAUAAACGUGACGAUCGAAAACACUGGUUCCACGAAGCUACCAAUCAAUGUGAGUGUUCAAGCAGUUAGCGGAACAGCUGUAUCCGGGGUGGACUUUGAACCCUUACAAACCACCAUCAACAUCCCCCCCUCAGUCUCCACUUAUAACGUCACAGUCUACAUAACAGAUGACUUUGUCGUUGAGCCUAACAAGACGUUCUACCUAACCUUGAACAUCACUGGCCCGGCGGUUUCCAAGGGAACUACUAACAUCACCUUUCACAUACUUAAUGACGACACCAGAGCGGUGAUAGGUUUCCAAGGCGACGUUGUUAGGUUCUUGAACGAGAGCGUUGGGAGUAUAAACGUGACGAUCGAAAACACUGGUUCCACGAAGCUACCAAUCAAUGUGAGUGUUCAAGCAGUUAGCGGAACAGCUGUAUCCGGGGUGGACUUUGAACCCUUACAAACCACCAUCAACAUCCCCCCCUCAGUCUCCACUUAUAACGUCACAGUCUACAUAACAGAUGACUUUGUCGUUGAGCCUAACAAGACGUUCUACCUAACCUUGAACAUCACUGGCCCGGCGGUUUCCAAGGGAACUACUAACAUCACCUUUCACAUACUUAAUGACGACACCAGAGCGGUGAUAGGUUUCCAAGGCGACGUUGUUAGGUUCUUGAACGAGAGCGUUGGGAGUAUAAACGUGACGAUCGAAAACACUGGUUCCACGAAGCUACCAAUCAAUGUGAGUGUUCAAGCAGUUAGCGGAACAGCUGUAUCCGGGGUGGACUUUGAACCCUUACAAACCACCAUCAACAUCCCCCCCUCAGUCUCCACUUAUAACGUCACAGUCUACAUAACAGAUGACUUUGUCGUUGAGCCUAACAAGACGUUCUACCUAACCUUGAACAUCACUGGCCCGGCGGUUUCCAAGGGAACUACUAACAUCACCUUUCACAUACUUAAUGACGACACCAGAGCGGUGAUAGGUUUCCAAAGCGACGUUGUUAGGUUCUUGAACGAGAGCGUUGGGAGUAUAAACGUGACGAUCGAAAACACUGGUUCCACGAAGCUACCAAUCAAUGUGAGUGUUCAAGCAGUAAGCGGAACAGCUGUAUCAGGGGUGGACUUUCAACCGCUGCAAACCACCAUCAACAUCCCUCCGUCAAUUUCCACUUUCGACGUCAUGGUGCACAUUAUAGACGACUCGCGCCUUGAGGAAAACAAGACUUUCUACCUGACUAUAAGUGUCACCGAUCCGAUUAUUUCCCUGAAAAAUGCUAACAUCACCAUCAACGUGCUUAACGACGACACACAGGCUGACGUGGGGUUUAAAGGCUCAGUGCUGAGGUCUGUGCGAGAGGAUGCCGGCCUAGUCAACAUAACGGUGGAGAAACUCACGGCUUACGAUACUCCCGUCACUGUACAAGUGAAGGCGUACAAUGGUACAGCGUACCAAGGGAUUGAUUACAUGUUCUCGAACGAAACGAUCCGCCUUGGAGAAGGAGUGCGUAACUACACUUUCAGCGUGCAGAUCUUUGACGAUGAGAUCCUAGAGAACGAUAAAGAUUUUUUCUUAGUGUUAAGCAGUAACGACCUAAUUGCUAACCUUCGACAAACUUACAUCAAUCUAACCAUAGUUAACGAUGACAAUGCAACCAUUGGGUUCACAAGUUCAUCGGUCACUGUCGCUGAAAAUGCUGGAAACCUUUCCCUCCCCCUGACAGUCAAGUCUGGAAUCCUGGGAAUCCCCAUUGAGAUAACGUUCGCCAUUACUAACAUCAGUGCAAGCUCCAGCCGUGACCAUCGCCUGCACUAUUCAUCCGUGACUUUUACUCAAGAAGAGCCUUCCCAGCAUGCAACAGUCACCAUCAUCAAUGACGCCACCCUUGAAAACACCGAAUCGUUCAACAUAACCGCCACGACUACCUCACCCCACGUGACACUGAACUACAGUAGCGUGACCGUCACGAUAACAGACCACGGCGAUAAAGUGACCUUUGGUUUCGUCAACAAAACCGUGAGUGUGACCGAGAGUGAGGGGAAUAUUACGCUGCUAGUGCGCAAGACCGGAAACACGUCAAUACCAUUGGACCUAGGUAUUUCAACAGUCAACCUGAAUGCGUCUGCGCCGGGCGACUUCACGCAUAAAGAAAUCGCCGACACCUUUGCUGUAAAUGAAGACUUGAAGAGCUACACAUUUGCAAUCCACGAUGAUCACGUGACCGAAGGCACUGAGUGUUUCAUAGUGAGGCUGAACGUUUCUCGAGCGAAUGUUCUGGUUGACCCGCGGGAUGCUACUGUUUGUAUCACAGACAAUGAUAGAGUGAGCAUUAGUUUUGUUUACUUGAACAUCACUAUCGAAGAGCAGAAAGGCAGAGUCACAGUUCCUAUGAGAAAGACUGGACUGGCGGAGGUCCCUGUCUCAGUGAGGCUCAAAGAGGUUCAGAGCAUGGUGUGGACAGCAAUGAUUAAGGCCGACAUCCGGGAUUUCAAAGAUGACAUUAUCACGUUCGCCCCCGAGCAAACCGAAGUGUCUGCUAACAUCACGAUCGUGACCGACAGCAUAGCGGAAAGUGACGAGCUCUUUUCGAUUAGUUUCACCCCUGUAGACCCCACAAAGGCCGUGGUAAACACAACGCGGGAUACCUGUGUCGUGCGAAUAACCGAUGAGUAUGACAACGAAGAAGCAUUAAAGGCGAAACAGCAAAAGGAGAAAGAAGAAAAGGAAACAUCCAGGAUUCUGCAGAUUAUACUGAUUGUUUGCACAGUAGUGCUAGCUGUCACCUUAAUCGCGAUAAUCAUCGCAGCCGUUUGUCUUUGUAGAUUAGGACGUACUAGUCGCCCAUUGUAAUCGAGUCACGUAAAGGCACCCGACAACACAGGCCCGUAGCCAGAGGGGUUCGGAGGGUUCGGACGAACCCCCCACACACACACACACACACACACCCCCCCCCCCCCCCCCCCCCAAAUUCGGCUUGAAGGUCCGCUAAGAUUUAACAAAAAAAUAUAACGUUUGGCUAGACAUAUCGUGCACAUCAAGAUGUCUUUAAAUAGAAUAUAAAGAUCUUUUUAAAAUAAUUAUCUUUAUAUUACCAUAAAUGUGGACUUUAAAAGCACACUAGCAUACACACAUUGGCAUCCACCCUAUUAAUACCAUUUUAAAUACAAGUGAAGU